UCAGAACGCACAAAACUCAAAUGUUCAGGUCUGAUGGAACUCAUCGACCUUUGUUUGACAACAUACUUUCAAUUCAACGACAAGAUAUACAAACAGAUGAAAAGAAAUCCAAUGGGAUCACCGAUAUCCGGACUAAUUGCAGAAGCAGUGAUGCAGAGACUGGAAGCCAUUAUUCUACCUGUGAUCAAACCAAAAAUUUGGAAAUCCUUAUGUAGAUGAUGCGGCGCUUUCAAUGACAUCAAAUUCACAAUGGAGAAAGAGUCGAACAAUCAACUACCAUUCCUGGAUGUUUUAGUCAGUAGAGAAAAUACCGGAAAGCUGGGAACCCAAGUGUACAGGAAGCCAACACACACUGACCAAAUCCUCAACUACAAUAGCAACAGCACACAAAAUCAGUUGCGUGCAGACUCUAUUCAAAAGAGCGAGAACACACUGCAGCACAACAACUUCACGGAGAAACGAAGAAAAUUACCUGAUGUCCACCCUAGAGAAGAACGGCUACCCACGAAACUUUAUCAGAAGAUGCCUAUCCCGUGCAUCACCAACUACAAAGUCAUCGACAGAAAUCAACAAAAGCAUCGUCCUACCAUACAUAAAGAAUAUAUCAGAAAUCAUGACAAGAUUACUGAAACCACUUGGAAUUGGUGUGGCUCAUAAACCAACAAAUUCCCUCCAAACACUAUUAUGCAGACCAAAGGAUGCAACAAACAAAGAAGACAAACCGAAAAUCAUUUACAAAAUCAACUGCAAUAACUGUAGUCAGCACUACAUUGGACAAAGCGGCCGCCCUCUUCGCCUUCGUUUACAUGAGCACCAAUUGGCUAUUAAACGCCAUGACAUUUCGUCACUCAUUUCAAUGCACAUGGAUAAUUAUGGACAUGAAUUUAAUUUCGACAAUGUAGAAGUUUUGGACAGAGAGAGGAAACACAUAGAAUAUCAGAGAAUUUCUAGAAGCUUAGCAUUCAGGUCAGUCAGCAAUCAACAGAUGUAUAGACAUAGACCCGAUCUAUCAACCAAUAAGGAAAAUGAUAAACGACAGAAAGGUCAUAGGUGAAGCAGAGGAACAGCCAACAGGAAAGUCAAUACAAUCAAUGACACAACAAUCGAAGGAAACAACCAAUCACAGACCACAUCGUCAGAGCAAGCUACUAAAUCACUCACGGAGAGAUAUUGACAGCUCACUUCAUACUGAAGUUAGUGCUGAUGAUGUCGUCUAGCAAGACGAUGAAAGCUUCGCGAUUAAGCCACUUAGUUCAGAGAACACAAUACAA